AUGAGCCUACCAUCGCUAAAGGAGUACCGCAAGGCCCCAUACCCGGCCAUCUCUCCGACACGCCCGGAGCUGACGCAGGCUGGGAAGACAGUCCUCAUAACGGGAGGAAACAGCGGCAUUGGUUAUGCCAUUGCACGCGGAUUCAUUACCGCAUCAGCAAAACGCGUCAUCAUUCUCGGCCGACGCUCGGACGUCGUGCAGUCUGCCACAGCCAAAUUAGCCGAAGAAGCGAAGCAGCUCAACUCGGAGACUAUCGUGGACGGCCGAGUUUGUGACAUUUCCAGUCUCGAAUCCACCGACAAGCUCUGGACCGGACUGCAGGCUGAUGGCAUCGUCAUUGAUGCCCUUGUCUUGAACGCUGCCGCUAAUGGUGCACCGGCGCCCAUUCUCAAGAGUGGCCGCGACAGCGUCUGGGCCGACUUUGAGACAACCGUGCGCUCUGCACUGGAUCUGACGGAGAGAUUCUAUAAGCAGACUACCAAGGGCGCAGAUUCACGAAAGUUUGUCGUCAAUGUGUCCUCUACCGUGAGCUACAUGUGGUCAACAAUGGCUCCAGAGCGUCCGUCCUACGGCUUGACCAAGAGCGCGAGCACUCUGCUCCUACAGCAGAUUGCCAAGGACACGGCCGUAGAUGACAUGCAGAUUGUGAGCUUCCAUCCCGGCGGUGUUCUCACAGAUAUGGCUCGACGCGCCGGGUACGACGGGGACAUGGGAAUUCCCUUUGAUGACGAAAAUCUACCGGGCAAUUUUGCCGUCUGGGCUGCAAGUCGCGAGGCUGAACACUUGCACGGCAGGUUUGUCUGGGCCAACUGGGACGUGGACGAGGUGAAGAACGGUGUUGUUGGCAAGCAGAUUCGCGAGGACCCGCACUUCUUGAAGGUUGGUGUGGAGGGACUCACAGAAUCGACGGGAAACCCACUGCGCUAUGAGAACUAG